UGGAAUCCGUCUCUACAGAUCCACUCGUCAGUUGCAAGAACAUUUGUCGCCACCGCCGGGAUUCGAAUCCGGGACCUAUUCAACCACAGUCAGACGCGCUGACCACGAGGCUAACCUGGCCGGCCGGAAUUUCUUAUUCUCUCCAUACCAUACGGUACCCCUAAAUAUUUCGCUCGUUCGCAAAUUUUGCUCACAAUAUUCGAAAUUUUUUCUGUUCAGGAUUCUACAUGGAUCAAUCCGAAUUCAAAUGCACAUCCGAAGGAGGACUUAGCGCUCCUGCAGACAGGAUCCCAGAGAUUUCUACAGGCAGAAUAAGUGUGAAGGAUUCACAGGACAUUAUCCCGGAGGUUGGUAACACUAUAUUCAUGAAGUGUGAGUUAACUGAACCGGAAGCAGAAUUUGCAUUUGACACGGAAUUUGCCUCUCAUACACCUUACCAUGUGAAAACUGAAAUUGGAACUUCUCCAAGUGAAGAAAAAAAGUCUGUUCAACACUUCAAUAGCGCCUCGUGUUCCUCCAAUUCUAUCAUCGGUCAUUCCAUCAGGAUAAAAUCGGAAGGAGACAAUGAAAAUGAAAAUUGGAUCGACCAGUUACAUACCAGUAUUGAGAUUAAAAACGAAGACCCUCCUAAGACUGACAGCUAUGAAUGCACUUACGUAAAGGAAGAUAGAGAACACGAUUUUGAAAAUGAGAUUCAAAAUCAUAUGCCAACCACGAUAUGCAAACCGCUCAGUCGCAAUCGUUGCUCGGCCGGUUUUGCGAUAGAAGGUACUUUAAAAACACACAUGCGAACACAUACCGGUGAGAAACCAUUUGCUUGCAGAAAUUGCUCGGCUUGUUUCGCUAAAAAAGGAAAUUUAAUACAACACAUGCGAACACAUACCGGUGAGAAACCAUUUACUUGCAGCCAGUGCUCGGCCACUUUUGCUCAGAAAGAACAUUUAAAAAGCCACAUGCGAACACAUACCGGUGAAAAACCAUUCACUUGCAGCCAUUGCUCGGCUUGUUUCGCUAAAAAAGGAAAUUUGAAACAACACAUGCGAACACAUACCGGUGAGAAACCAUUCAGAUGCAGCCAAUGCUCGGUCUGUUUCGCUCAAAAAGGAACGUUAUUAAAUCACAUGCGAACACAUACCGGUGAGAAACCAUUCAGAUGCAGCCAUUGCUCGGUCUGCUUCACUGAAAAAGGAACUUUAAAACGGCACAUGCGAACACAUACCGGUGAGAAACCAUUUACUUGCAGCCAUUGCUCGGACUGCUUCGCUCUAAACGCACAUUUAAUACGGCACAUGCGAACACAUACCGGUGAGAAACCAUUUACUUGCAGCCAGUGCUCGGCUUGUUUCGCUGGAAAAGAAGAUUUAAAACAACACUUGCGAACACAUACUGGUGAGAAACCAUUUACUUGCAGCCAUUGCUCGGACUGCUUCGCUCAAAACGCACAUUUAAUACAGCACAUGCGAACACAUACCGGUGAGAAACCAUUCAGAUGCAGCCAAUGCUCGGUCUGUUUCGCUCAAAAAGGAACGUUAUUAAAUCACAUGCGAAGACAUACCGGUGAGAAACCAUUCAGAUAUUCAGAUGCAGCCAUUGCUCGGUCUGCUUCACUGAAAAAGGAACUUUAAAACGGCACAUGCGAACACAUAC